AGCACACGCACACACACAAGCAUUCUCCAUCCAUCGCCUUUCUCCUUCUUGAAUGGCACCAAACUGGUGUAAGUUGUGGGAGGCGAAGAUCUUGCCUGGUGAUUCCAAAAGCUUGUAGCGCCAGUCCCUCGCUCGAAUUUAAUUUGCUCUAUCCGGGAAAUCUUUUGUCCUUGGAGCCAAGGCGGGAGAUCACACAAGCUUCAAAGGGAGCGGCAGGGAGAGGAAUUCAAGCUUGGAAGCUCCGAGAUCUACCAUGGAAGAUAAAGUGGACCGGGAAUGCAGUAUGUGUGGCGAUAUUGGAUUCUCGUCGGAGCUGUUCCAGUGCAAGGAAUGCAACUUUAGAUGGCAGCACAGCUACUGCAGCAGACUUUAUCCCAACAUGGAGAGUGGCAAUUGGGGAGAGUGGCCAGUGUGCGACUGGUGCUUUGGAGCUCUCGGGACAAAAGCAACACUAAAACCAAAGCGGAGUGCCAGCAUCAAGCUGAGAAGAAGCUCCAGCUCCAACUACGAAGAACAGGUGUACCAGGCACAGAAAGGAUCCAAGGAGGAGAACCACCAUCGCUGGGAUGCUCUCGAUUAUCUCCUGGAGGUGGCACACAUGAGCUCCUUGUCUGAUGGAGAAACGAGUAUGAAGAGGCAGGCGUGCAGCAGCAAGAGAACUUGUGCCAGGAAAUUAAGCUCGGCCUCUUCUUCUCCCAGCAGCAGCUUCAAGCGCCCCCAACAAAAGUGGGGAUUUUUGAGCGAAAGGAUCAAACUUGACAGCUCCAAGUCAUCUCCUUCCAGCUCCAAGCCAGGUUCUCCCAAGCCUAUUUGUAAUCGCAGAUACAAGUUUCUAUCAGAUGUGUGACUAGCCUCUAUCAGAUCGAGGAGGGGACAAAGGAAAAACCACAAGAUUUCGCGAAGGUGGUGUUUCUAGGAUCAGAGAUGAAAAGCUCGCAUGAGCUUGUGGGUUCUUACAUAAAGAUAAUACUAUGAAGAGGCUAGCUCGGACUUUGAU